AUGAUUCGACAACACCGGAUAGCAGUCAACGUGCAGCUCCGAAAGGCCAAGAAAGAUGAGCAGGUCUUAAAGAGAAGAAAUAUCACCAAUCUCUGCUCUGACUCCGCUUCUGGAGAAGAAACCAAAGGGGUCAAGCUCACGCUGGAAGAAAUAAUCAGUGGUGUGAAUGCCUCAGAUCCCAUCGUAUGUUUCCAGGCCACCCAGGCAGCCAGGAAAAUGCUGUCCCGGGAAAAGAACCCUCCUCUAAAACGGAUUGUUGAAGCAGGGAUCAUUCCAAAGCUGGUGGAAUUCCUGACGUCAUCAUUGCAUCCCUGUUUGCAGUUUGAGGCAGCGUGGGCUCUGACCAACAUUGCUUCGGGGACCUCAGACCAGACUCGAGCUGUUGUGGAAGGGGGCGCCGUCAAGCCCUUGGUUGAGCUCCUGUCUUCCCCCAACCUAAUUGUGUGUGAACAGGCAGUGUGGGCCCUUGGUAAUAUAGCAGGUGAUGGCGCAGAAUUCAGAGACUCUGUUAUCUCGAGUAAUGCCAUCCCACAUCUACUGGCCCUGAUAUCAUCAACCACACCAAUUACAUUUCUGCGGAACAUCACAUGGACCCUGUCCAACCUGUGCCGAAACAACCCGUACCCCUGCAAAAAAGCCGUGGAGCAAAUGUUGCCCGUCCUCUCCCAGCUCCUGCAGCACCAAGACAACGAGGUGCUCUCUGACACCUGCUGGGCUCUGUCCUACCUCACCGAGAGCUGCAUCGAGCGCAUUGGCCAAGUGGUUGACAUGGGGGUGCUGCCCAGACUGGUUCAGCUCAUGACCAGCUCAGAACUCAAUAUCUUGACCCCCUCUCUCCGCACUGUGGGGAACAUCGUCACGGGGACCGACCACCAGACCCAGCUGGCCAUUGAGGCGGGAAUACUGAGCGUGCUGCCCCAGCUCCUGCUGUGCCCCAAGUCCUCCAUCCAGAAGGAGGCAGCCUGGACCCUGAGCAACGUGGCCGCCGGGCCACAGGAGCACAUCCAGCAGCUGAUCGACUGCAACGUCCUGCCGGCCGUGUCGGCUCUGCUGAAAAGUGGAGAGUUUAAAGUCCAGAAGGAGGCUCUCUGGGUGAUGGCUAACUUCACAAACGGGGGCACCGUGCACCAGCUGAUCCACCUGGCCUAUUCUGGAGUCUUGGAGCCACUGGUGAACCUGCUCACCAUCCCAGAUGCCAAAUUUGUUGUCAUCAUCCUUGACAUCAUCUCUUUUCUCCUCCAGGCAGCAGAGAAGCUUUCUAAGAAGGAAUACCUGUGUCUUCUGAUCGAGGAACCUGGUGGGGUUGAUAGAAUCAAAACCUUGCAAUUUCAUGAGAACCGUCACGUUUCCCUGACUGCUAUGCACAUUAUUGAGAAGUACUUCUCUGAGGAAGAAGAAAGUGGACCAAUAUUACAAUCCAUGGACUAA